AUGUCUCCUGCUUCGAUUUUCAUCACCAUCGGUGUGGCUUUCUGCCACUUACUGGUUGCGACUGCCUCACCAGAACAACAAAGCAGUCAGCUCGCUCGCCGUUCGAGUUCUGAUCCCGAUCCUGCCCUCAGGGCCUCCUUUAUCACUCCUAAGAAUAUCAUCUUCGAAGAUGGAGGUAUCAGAGUUUUCAAUCUGAACUCACAAGAAGCCUAUAAGGUCACCCAUCAUAUCGAUAACGCCCGUCAAGGUUACUCAGAAUACGUCACCACUGACGUAGCUGGAAAUGUUCUCUUGCGGAUGAAUGCAUAUGAUGACUUUUGUUUUGGUAAAACUCAUUACGUCGAUCAACACGAUUUAUUACGAGUCAAGAUCGAUCCACGUGGAAUGUACCCUGACGAAUGGACUUUCACCUCAAGAUUCUUACCUGGAUUCAAAUACGAAUUUGAUCGUAAUGCGAUGAGUGCAGAUGGCAAAAUCUUUGAAGCUGAUAACAAGAAACUUGUCGCUACCUUACACACUGAGAAGCGACAUGAACCUUGGUUACUCUCGAGAUUCCACGCCGAUGACGCUUACGUCUUGAGGAGCGAUGGUACCGUUCCUGACUACUAUUUGGUCACCCUCAUGGCAUUAGUCCAGAUGCGAGUUAAUACCUGUGGAAUUUAA